AUGACUUUCCCUUUCCUAGCUAUUCUUCACAUGGUCAUCAUGACAGCAGAGUUCCUCCUAGGGACAACAGUGAAUGGAUUCCUUAUCAUUGUGAACUUCUAUGACUUGGCCAAGAGCAGAAAACUGCUGAUACUGCAGAUCCUCUUGAUAUGCACGGGGCUGUCCAGACUCGGGCUGCAGAUGAUGCUGAUGACCCAGAGUUUCUUCUCUGUGUUCUUCCCAUUUGCAUAUGAGGAAAAUAUUUAUGGUUCAAAGAUGAUGUUCAUUUGGAUGUUCUUCAGCUCCGUUGGCCUCUGGUUUGCCGCCUGUCUUUCUGUCUUUUACUGCCUCAAGAUUUCAGGCUUCACUAAGCCCUGGUUUCUUUGGCUGAAAUUCAGGAUUUCAAAGCUCAUAUUUUGGCUGCUUCUGGGCAGCUUGAUGGCCUCUUUGGGCACUGCAACUGUGAGUAUCGAGGUAGGUUUCCCUUUAAUUGAAGAUGGGUAUGUCCUGAGAUACACAGAACUAAACAUUAGUGAUGUCAAGGUAAUGAAAAAUAAUGACUUGCUCCUCGUUAACCUGACCUUACUACUUCCCUUCAUGGUGUUUGUGAAGUGCACCUGUCUGUUAUUCAUUUCUCUUUACAAGCACACGUACCGGAUGCAAGCUGGAUCUCAGAAGCUGUCAAAUGCCAGAACAGAAGCCCACAUAAAUGCAUUAAAAACCGUUGUGACAUUCUUUUGUUUCUUUGUUUCUUACUUUGCUGCCUUCAUGGCAAAUAUGACAUUUAGAAUUCCAUACAGAAGUCAUCAGUUCUUUGUGGUGAAGGAAGUCAUGGCAGCAUAUCCAGCCGGCCAUUCAGUCAUAAUCAUCUUGAGUAAUUCUAAGUUCAAAGACGUAUUCAGGAGAAUGAUCUGCCUCAAGAAGAAGGAGUGA